CACUGGUCAACCUCGGCUCAAAUGCUCAGACAUGUGACUAGUCAUUUCCCAUAGGGCCUCUAAAGAAGACUGUUGUGACUCAAGGUGAUAGAAGAGGGCACUCUUUAAAACAUCCACCAUCAGAUUGAACGAUUUACAAGGAGGAAACCAUCUGUUUUUGUACAAACAUACAUUAGUAUGCGGCAGGACCGAAAGACAAAAACGUAUCAUUUCCUUUUUGCCAUCAUCAUUAUAACGCCACAGAAGCACCUUUUAGCAUUUUAAAAAGCAGCACCUGUCUUGUCUGACCAUGAACACCUCAACGAAUAAGUCAGACUGCCCAGAGUUGAGUGUUCCUCUCCCCAUUUUCUUCACUAUCGGAGUAUUCAGUCUGAUGGAGAAUCUCUUGGUUGUGGUGGCCGUCAUAUACAACCGAAACCUGCACUCGCCCAUGUACUGCUUCAUGUGCAGCUUGGCGGGCUUCAACACCAUCGCCAGUCUCACUAAAACCUGUGAGAACGUCCUGCUUGUGUUUGCACAUGUGGGACAACUAGAGAAGCAAGGAUCCUCUGAGACUAAGAUUGAUGACGUGAUUGACUCACUGAUCUGUAUGUCUUUUGUGGGUUCAAUUCUCAGCUUCCUGGCCAUUGCCGUGGACCGAUACAUCUCUAUAUUCCAUGCACUUAGAUACCACAACAUCAUGACAAUGCGACUCACAGGGACCAGUUUAGGCAUCAUCUGGACAACAUGUGGGGUGUCAGCCAUAUUCAUGGUGAGGUUCUUCGACGUCAAGUUCAUCAUGAUCUGCUUUGUUUGCCUAUUUUUGAUCUCCUUUGCCGUCAUUUGCUUCCUCUACAUUUAUAUGUUCAUGCUGGCACGUAACCAUGCCAGGAAGAUUGCUGCUGUGAAUUCGGGUGGCGGUGACAAAUGUCGUUUGAGGUGGUGGGGAAGCAGUAUGAGAGGAGCCCUAACACUAACCAUCCUGUUUGGGGCAUUUGUUGUGUGUUGGGCACCUUUUUUCCUUCACCUUAUCAUCAUGACAGUGUGCCCGACAGACCCAUAUUGUGAGUGUUACAGAUCACUCUUCCAGCUCCACUUAUUGCUGCUAACGAGCCACGCCCUUAUCGACCCUGCUAUCUAUGCCUUCCGCAGCGCCGAGCUCAGGCAUACGUUCCGGAAGAUGCUUCUUUGUUCCUAAGAGGCGCAGCUUUUUCAAAUUUGAAAAAUGUCAUUUCGCUCACCAAUGGAUGAUAAACAUGUAUCGUGUAUUAGGACAAAGAGAGAGGCCGAGUUGCACUUUGAUUAGAUUUGUGCUGUUUCAAAGUUUUAACCUUUUAUUUCAAUUUACAGUAUUAUCAGCCAGAAACUUUCUCCUGCCCUUUUCUUUCACGUGCACUUUCUUUCAAUUCAACUUUCUGUUGUAAUUAAAUCAGGAUAUUUUAAUGUAGUUGCUUAAGGCUAAACCACCGCUCUUGUGAUUAAAGCCUGCAUCAUCUGAAGUUCCGUUUUUAGCUCAGUAAAGCAAUGCGUAACCUACAGAAUCCUGAUCACCAGACUUGUGAGAUGGAUGGGAUAUUCCAGCAACGGACGAAUGCUCGCAGAUUUGUGAAC